AUGGAUAUAUCAAUGGAUAACGUUCUCCUCGUUUCUGGUGGCGUUGACAAGAACAUUAAAAUUUGGGGUUUGGAUUUUGGUGAUUGUCGAAAAUCAAUAUUCGCCCAUGAUGACAGGUACAGACAACGUCGUUUGGUCAACAAAAUUUUGGAAGCUGUUUCUUCUCAAAAAAAUGCUGCUUUGGUCCUACAGCAACGACUUCGUGCUAAUAUGGCGGCAAAGAGCAUUCGUCAGCAUUAUCUUCUUUUGAAAAGAUCUUCUGUACUUAUACAAGCUUCCUAUCGUGGUCACUUAGCUCGAGCUCAUGUCGCCAGGAUUCGUUCUGCCAUCGUGAUACAGUCGUACUAUCGCGGACACCGGCAGGCAACCGAGUAUAGGGGGAUAAAAAAUGCCAUAAUCUUUGUCCAAGCUCUAGUUCGAAGGAAUCAAGCAUUUGAGAGAUAUAGAAAUCUAAAAACUACUGCGUUGGUUGUUCAACGUUAUCGUAGAGCAGUUGUGAUUGGUUGCGGACAAAGAAAGAUGUUCUUAAAGAUGAAAGUAAGUGCUAUAAAAAUGCAAAGUUGCUAUCGAGGUUAUAGAGCACGGAAGGCGUAUGAACUUAUAAGACAAGCUACUAUAAAGAUUCAGAGCUUUAUCCGUGGAAUAAUAGCCUUAAAUAGAUAUGAGAAACUACGCAAAGCCAUUGUAAUAGUUCAAACCAGAGAAAGAGCGAGAAUACGUGGAAAAGAAGAAAGAACAUCAUAUUUAAAGCUGAAAAAAUACACCAUUUCUAUGCAGAGUUUAUUUCGUGCAAAACGCGAUGAAAUGAGUUACAUGCUUACUCGAAACACCAUUAUAAAGCUUCAAGCUAUGUUGCGUGGGAAACAUGCACGAAAAGUGUUUCAAAGAUCACGUUCAGCUGUUAUCGUGUUACAACGUGCACAACGAACACGGAUGUUGGGAAAACGAGAACGGAUUCAAUUCAUGGAAAAACGAAAUAGUACUGUGCGUAUUCAAAGUCUUAUAAGAAUGCACUCAGAGAGUUCUUGGAAAGCAACAGAGAGUGGAAUUUUUAAAACUGAAAUGUAA